AUCCCCAUUCCUCCCCUGGUACUCUCCAGCAUUGGUCUCUCGACAUACAUCCCGUGUUAUAAAGUCGAACCGCCCCUCAUAUCCCUCCGACAUCGUCUGCAAUCAUGAGUGCACCUCGCGCCGCACGAGGCGCGCUGAAAAAGGCGACAAAGACGCCUGCUCGUGCCGCAGCUUCAGCUCCCAAACCCGCGUCUCGUUUCCCUAUCGCCGAUAGCACAGGACCCCCAAUCCUCCCCAAUCGCGCAAACCCCCACCUGAAAAACCCUCCUGUCCUCCCCACCGCCUCGGAAACCACCACCAUGUCACCGCGCGUCAUGACCAUCCUCGGGGUCAGCGCCCUCACCGUAAGCACCUACAUCGGCUACCUCUACGCCUCCUACAGCCGCGAAGUCAAGCAAUCCCAAUCGCUGAGCGUCCCACACGACGUCUCCGACCGCUACAACCACACAGCCGGCAGCUUCGACGCCGACAUCGAGAUGUCCGAGAAACUGAUGCGGAUGGGCUCCAAGCGCGCGGCGCUGAUCCACCGCGCACACGGCAACGUGCUCGAGGUCAGCUGCGGCACGGGGCGGAAUAUUCCCUACUACGAGCUUCGGGAGCGACGGGGGAUAAAUGCGCAGGGACGCAUGGUGCAGGGGUGUCGGUCCGUGACGUUCGUGGAUUUGAGUCCGGAGAUGGUGGAGAUCACGCGGGGGAAGUUCGAGAAGCAGUUUCCCGAUGAGAAGGUGCGGGUGGAGUUCCGGGUGCAGGAUGCCGCGGAGGUGCCGAGGCCCGGGUUCUCGGUCGAGGGGAGGAAGCAGGAGGGGUACUAUGACACGGUGGUGCAGACGAUGGGGUUGUGUUCGAUGCCGGAUCCCGUGAAGACGUUGAAGCAUCUUGGGACGGUGGUGGAGCCGUUAAAGGGCGAGAUCCUGCUGCUCGAGCACGGCAGGUCCCAUUAUGAUUGGGUCAAUCGCGUCUUGGAUAACCUGGCCCCCGCGCAUGCGGAUAGGCAUGGGUGUUGGUGGAAUCGGGAUAUUGGGCAGAUUGUGCGCGAGAGUGGGUUGGAGGUGGUCGAGGAGAAACGCUGGCACUUCGGGACCACGUGGAAAUAUGUCCUCAGGCCGGCGAGGACGGGAGUGGAACUGGAGAAGUCAUGAUAUCUCGUAGAUGUAGACGUGGAUGACUCGAUGUAUUUGUAUAUGUAUUAUAGCGGGGUUGUCUUAGAAGAUAGACCGAA